AUGUUCAUGCUUAACGGCAAUUACAAGUGGGUCGACGAGCUGCCGCGUCUCCUGUCAGAUAACAACGCGCGCAAGCAUCCCCCCAUCGGCAUGCGCCCCGCCGAAGUAACUCCCGCGAUCGCCGAAAAACUCUUGGACACGGUCUAUAGCGUGAUAAAGAUCGCGAGUCCUGCAAAAUUCAAAGUAGAUGAUUCGGUACGCGUGAGCAAGUACAAGACGAUUUUUGAGAAGGGUUACACGCCAAAUUGGACCACCGAGAUGUUUACGAUCUUUAAAGUGCAGCGUACCAAUCCUGUAACUUAUUUACUCGAGGAUUAUCGCGGAAAAUUCAUCGCUGGAGCGUACUAUGAAUACGAGUUGUAUCGCGCUACUUAUCCGGACGCGUAUCUCGUGGAGAAAGUAUUGCGCAGGAAGGGAAACAAGUGGCUGGGAUUCGAUGGAUCGCACAAUUCAUGGAUACACAAAAACAAUGUUAUUUGA